CUUUAUCGUCAAAAUGCCAGCACGCAAGUCGCCGUGCCGGCAUUCUGACGGUAUAGUGCUGUCACUGUGUUAUCUGGGCAACUUCCAAAAUAAUUCUUUUUUCCAAUUAUGCAGCCGACACCACGCAGCCAAUCAAAUUUGUGUUAGAGAGAGAUAACACAUACCUUCAUAAUAUCUAUCUCUCUCUUCAACUGGUAACGUUUACGACCAUUGGUCUAAGCUAAGCUAUCUCCAAAACAUUUAGAUUUGUUCUAUCAUGUCAGAUUACCGUAAGAUAGAAUCAAUAUUAUCUUAAAACACUCACCAGUUAAUGAACCUUGGAUGAUGUACCCAUUCACAUAGUAUGUGUACACCCGAUUCAUCUGCUUUUAAGAUAAAAGAGAUUAAAUUGUCCAAUGUUAUGUGUAUAUAGCUACUACUACUAUGUAGAUCAGGGUGCAGAUAGACGGGAUAGUUUCAAUAAAAGAUGAACAUUUUGUUUCUACCAGACAUUGCGAUUCAUUGAUCCACAGUAUUGUGUUGAGAUUGUUUGGACAAGUGUUUCGAGAGCUGUUCAAAACGCUGCGGAAAAUGCAUAAAAGCUACGAUUUUUAAGGAAAAAUAAAUCAUUUUUCCAAGUCGGUGUUUAGGUGACGAUGGCUCUCAGUCCAACAGAUCCAAAUUCAUUCUCCAGACCAGAUUUGGCUAUUGUUACUCACACACAUCUCAAUGUAAAAGUAGAUUUUGAUAGAAAAAUUUUUGAUGGAAGUGCAACAUUGGACAUAGAAAAGAAAGGAGAUACAGAUUUAUUGAUUUUAGAUGUAAGAGGACUUGUCUUGUUGUCAAUUAUAAAUGUAAUAGAUGGAUCUAGACUUGACUACUGUGUUGAGAAAGGUGUGGAUUAUGGAUCAAAACUAAGUGUACAAUUGCCAGAAACCCCAAUAAUAGAUGGUGAUAAGAUAAAAUACAAGAUCAAAAUAGAUUAUCGAACUUCUCAAGACUCAACAGCAAUACAAUGGCUUUCACCAGAACAAACUGCUGGUGGAAGAGAGCCAUACCUAUUUUCACAAUGUCAGGCUAUUCAUGCUCGAUCAAUGUUACCCUGCCAAGAUACUCCAUGUGUCAAAUCUACUUUCUCUGCAGAGAUUAGAGCACCGGCUCAAUUAAAUGUACUCAUGUCUGCAAUUAAAGAUGAAGUUAUUGACUCAGAAAAUUCAACAAGAAUCCAUAAAUUUCAUCAACCAGUACCUAUUCCAUCAUACUUAAUUGCCAUUGCUGUUGGAGCUUUGGUAUCUAAACAGAUUGGGCCUAGAACUAAAGUAUGGACUGAACGAGAAUUACUCGAUAAAAGUGCAUAUGAAUUUGCAGAAACAGAGACAAUGUUGAAAACUGCUGAGGAAAUUUGUGGACCAUAUGUUUGGGGUAUUUAUGACUUGUUGAUUCUUCCACCAAGUUUCCCAUUCGGUGGUAUGGAGAAUCCUUGUCUUACAUUUGUAACUCCCACUCUCUUAGCUGGAGAUCGUUCUUUAGCUAAUGUAGUUGCUCAUGAAAUAACUCACAGUUGGACUGGAAAUUUGGUGACUAAUGAGAAUUUUGAACAUUUUUGGUUAAAUGAAGGCUUUACCGUUUUUGUUGAAAGAAAAAUAUCUGGAAGAAUGUAUGGUGAGAAAGUUAGACACUUUAAUGCGUUGAUGGGGCUUCAAAGUCUGACAGAUACGAUUAAAACUCUUGGUGCAAACAAUCCUUUAACAGACCUUGUGCCAAAUUUAGUUGGAAUUGAUCCUGAUGAUGCUUUUUCAACAGUACCUUAUGAAAAAGGUCAUACUUUACUUUUCUAUUUAGAAGAACUUCUUGGAGGUCCAGAAGUGUUCGAACCAUAUUUAAAAAGCUAUUUAAAUACAUUCAAAUACAAAAGUCUCAACACAACGCAGUGGAAAGACUUUUUAUACAAAUAUUUUUCAGAUAAAACUGAGAUUUUAAACACUGUCAAUUGGAAUGCAUGGUUCAAAUCACCUGGAGAACCACCAGUCAUUCCAAAAUAUGAUACAUCCUUAGCUGAUGAGUAUUUAACAUUAGCAAAAAAAUGGUUAGCACAUGAAAACUCUUCAGCAUUCAACACAAAUGAUAUUGAUAACUGGACCCCCAAUCAAAAAGAAGCCUUUUUAGCUGAAUUAGUAUUAAACAACGAAGCACUGUCAAUUGAUCAAAUCAAAUUAAUGGAUAAACUUUAUGAUUUUAGUUCACAACACAAUUCAGAAAUACGUUUCCAAUGGUUACGACUAGGUCUAAAAGCUAGAUGGGAACCAUCAGUAAGCAAAGCUUUAGAUUUCGCUACAUCUCAGGGUAGAUUGAAAUAUGUGCGUCCUUUAUUUAGAGAUGUCUAUGCUUGGGAAGUAAUGCGUCAAAGAGCAAUUUAUGCAUUCAAUGCCAAUAAAGACAAAAUGAUGUAUGUGACAAGAGAAAUGGUAGCGAAAGAUUUACAUCUGAUCAAUGAAAAAAAAGGAAUUAGAGCUAAUUAAAAUAACCAACAUAGAUUAUAUAGUUCUUCCAAUUUAUACAUAGUUUUCCACUGGCCUGUACAAAAACUAUUUGUACAACAAAUUGUUUUUACACCUUUUAUAAAUUUAAUGGUAAAAUUUGUUACGAGGAAUAUUAUAAAAAUGCUUCACGUAAACAAACAAUAACUACUUUAU